GAGUAGUCAGUGAAGGCAGCAAGAGAAGGUUGCAGUUAUCCCACAACAGCGCCCUCCCUUCCCAUGGUGUGUUUUUUGUGGAAGACCCCCUCACAGGAAAGUGUUUGGCAAGGAAAGGGUUAAGGAGUUUGUGAGGGUCAGAUCGAUGCCUCCUCUCCCACACGUCGCCAUGAACAAAUGAAUUCGCGGGGAAUUAAAUAUCAAUUUCACAAAGGAGAAAGAGUCCUGUGCUUUGAACCCGACCCCACCAAGGCGAAAGUGUUGUACGACGCUAAGGUCCUUGAUGUCUUGAUAGGUACAGAUGAACAUGGAAGGAGAAUCCCAAAGUACCUGAUUCACUUUAAUGGUUGGAACAGAAGCUGGGAUCGUUGGGCUGCAGAGGAUCAUGUCCUAAGGGACACUGAGGAUAACCGUAAAUUGCAACGUAAACUGGCUCGCAAAGCUCUAGGUCGCAUGAAGAGAAAGGCAUGGGCAAAGAGGCGUCGUCGUCAGUCUGGUACUAAGUCCUCUCUGAAGACUCUCCCCAAGGAGGACGACAGUGAUGACGCAUGUUUGAUUUCGUCUUCGGAGAGCAGUGACGGGGACGACUCUGACCCUGAAUCUUCGAAUAGCGGGGACAGCACCUUCUCUGAGGAUAUCAACAAGAUGAGGGUUGAGCCAGACAUUAAUGUUAAAAGGGAAUGUGAGGAGAAGAUUGUCCAUGUUGACAUCAGCAUCCCCGAUGUUCUGAAGAAGAAACUGGAGGAUGACUGCUUUUACAUCAACAAGAGGAAGAAGCUGGUGAUGGUUCCCUGUCAGACAAAUGUCGUGCACAUCCUGGAGUCCUACGUGAAGCACUUUGCCAUCAACAAAGCCUUCAUGGCCAACGAGAGGUACCGGCGUCAGAAUACGACCCAGAACAGCAGCCCACAGCCUGUCCCUCCAGAGAAGAAUGAGGAGUUGUGUAAGGAAAUGGUCGAUGGCCUGAGGAUCACGUUCGACUUCACCUUACCCAUGAUCCUCCUCUACCCCUGUGAACAAGCGCAAUUCAAAAAAGUCAGUUCCUCCAGGCUUUUCCUUGCCAUCAAUGAAAGCUCCCCCUGCUCCAGCAAUGCCCAGCGAGAGCGCAGCCCAAGCCCGUUGGGGCACAACCCACCCACCCCUCAAUCCACAGACAGCCAACCAGCUCUGAGCGACAUCUCUGCCACCACGCCCACUGCCCCUGCCCCCACCCCAAAGCGCCGGCGCCACCCUGACAUGGACUGUAUCUCAUACCAGUCCCAGUCACUCAGACGCUCCACCAGGAACACGUCUGGGGGCGACCGUCCAGCUGAAGGAAGCAGCGGAGGUGGAGGCAGUGCCACAGCGUCUCCGCAGCUCAAACGCCGUUUGGUUGACAGCUCAGCCCAGCCCAAGUUCUUCCUUAACCUUGACAGAAAAACCCCAGUGCAUAGUGGAUCAUCUUCCCCGUUGCCCUUGACUCCAAGCAAAGAGCGAAGUGGGCCUUUCUAUGGCCUAGAAAGCCGGAGAAACAAUGAGCUGAAUGAGGUCCUGAGCUGGAAGCUAACUCCUGAUAACUACCCCCUCAACGACCAGCCUCCUCCACCUUCCUACCUGUACGGAUCACAGCACCUCUUACGGCUUUUUGUGAAGCUUCCAGAGAUUCUGGGGAAGAUGCAGAUCCCUGAGAGGAAUCUUCGAGCCCUGGUCAAACAUUUGGAACUCUUUCUCAGGUUUCUGGCAGAGUUCCAUGAGGAUUUUUUCCCUGAGUCCGCAUAUGUGUCCGCAUCAGAGGCCCACUACAGCAUGAAACAACCGAGGCCAAUUUACUGAGGGAGAUGUCGGCCAUUUUUGUUUCCUUCCCUUGCUUGUCUGUACCAUGACCUGUCUGGGCUUGCACACAGAGGAAUAAAAAGCAGCUCUCUGUGCGUUAUGCUUUCCUGGACCACCCUUUCUUUUCCUCAGGCCUUAACAUUAGUUUUCCCAUUGUUGUCUUGUGAAACUAGUUGCUUCUACCAUGCCACUAACCCAAACUACGCUCUGUUUGUGGCAUUGUCCUGCAUGUCAAGCUGCCCCAUGCUGCUUUGCUUCAACAGAAAUCCUGCUGUGCAUUGUACUGCUCCAAGGCAUGUCCAGCGCUAUCAGUGCUAUUUGUUGGCAUGCACUACCUGUAUGCAGGCCCCAGAUAAGAUGAAAUACUUGGGAGACAGUUUCUACUGAUGGCUUACUUCUCUAGCCUUUCCUCAUUGUCAUCUGCUCUUUCGUUACCUGGUCCACACUUUUUAAGACCAGGCUAAGGCUUUGACGUUCACACCAGAGCAGCUGAAGGUACAUUGUCAAACCUCCAUGCAACCAAAUUUUCUUCCCUCUCCAAUAUUAGAGGCUGGACAAAAUGAAACGGCUUUGAAUCACUCGGAUGUGGAACCACACACAAUCACUGCUGUUUGGCAAGGCGUCUCUUCAUGGCCACUGUUUAAAGGUACUGUGGCCUGUUCCUAGACAGGGAAGGGAACACUGAUCAUAGUGAGCCCCAUGUUCUUGUUCUGCCCAUCCAAUCACCUUUUUUUAAGAUAUUGUAGCUAAUUGUAUGCUGGUUCGCCUGUUUGGAAGCGAGGCCUAAGUUGGGCCCCAGCCCCCUCUUUUGUAGUGACUUCAUGUAAGCGCUCCCUAUGCAGCGUCGUCAGUGAUGCUUCCAGAUAUGAUUCCUCUAAAGCUACAGUAGGACCUGCUCUUCCUAUUCUGGAGAUGCUUCGCCGGCUUCGCUGUGCAAUUGUAAUUCACUGACUCUUUAAGAACUUUCAAUCAGAAAUGUUGUUUUUCCUCCACAUUUUUCUCUAGUUUUACACUCUUUGGCUGUGUAAUGGCCAUUGAUUGUCCAUGAGAGAUGUUCUUGUUUCUUCUUUUGUCUUGCUUUUGAUGUUGUCCUGUGCAUGUCUGUCUAAAUGUCUAGCAGCUUUUUAUUUUACUUUGUUCUGCCUUCUCCUCCCACUAUAGUUCGAUCUAACAGAAAGGAGAAGGCACAUUGGAUUAAAAAGACAAAUGACAAGUUCUGUGUGCAACAUAUCUGGGAGUAUUCCAUGUGUUGCUGUCAUUUUCUUGUUCUAAACGUAUGUUGUAUUAACAGAUAAUCUUAAUUUACAGUUGAACACGUGAGGCUGUUAGUAUUUACAAAUACAACUUAUACAAGAAAUAGGACUUAGACCAGCUCAGUUCAGUACACCAUAAUGACUGAUGUCAUUUGUUAAACAUAUUAGAAAUAAUCCGUAAAACAAUUUUGGGGAAUUACUUGCAAAUACUUUCUGGAUGCAACAAAAGCUCUGGUUACUCGUCAUGACAUUGUGAAAAUGUAAAUACAAAACACCUGUUGAACAGUAUGUUAUUUAUUUUUCUUUGCACACCACUGGAUCACACUGUUAAUACCUAUCUAAUUGUAAUUCUCAUGCUUUUGUUACACAGAUGAUAAAAUGUUGAAUUGGUAGAUUACUUGACAAGGACCAAUCAAGACUUGUUUAUAAUUCACAAUUAGUUUAUCUCAGCUGUUUGUUGAACAAAUAUAUCUGUAGAUACAGUAUCAUAUAAAUUACCAACCGUGCUACAGUUUCCAGUGUUACAUGCAGA